CAUUUCCAAAUGUCAGUAUUUCAGAUAUUGUAAAUUAUUUGUGUCAAAUAAAUUUCCGCUUUAAACAGAAGCAAGUGCAGCGUACAUCCUUUUUACAAAUCACAUAGAGUCGACUCCUUUGCGCGUCAAUACCCUCCGCUGACUCCAUGAAGUUGGUUGACUUUUUGGACAACUCAAAUCAAGCCGGAACAAUCGGCGUGGCCAGCAACUCCAACUUCACGCACAUAUCUCAGCUCUGUGCUGAGCAAGCGACGGAGCCUGCCAUCUAUUUACGGCAGCUCUAUCAAGUCCAGGAUCGUCUGCGGUCCGAUCUGCUUGCCUGCGAUGUGCGCUUUUCGCUCUUCGUGGCAGCUGCCAAUAGCUAUCGUUACGAGAAGCUGCUGCGGCCCUUCCCCAAGGAGUUUCUCGACGGCAAUCAGCGCCCGAACAUCGGCGCUAUCUUCCAAGUUGUCGCCGACAUAGAUCGGCUGGAGGUCUUACUGGAACAGCUAAGCAAGGGCAACUUUCAUUGCUAUCAUAGGGAUGUACUGAAUCUGCUGUAUGUCGUGCUGGUGCGUCAUGGCGAGCGCUUCGCCUUGAGCACACUGCGACCAUGUGAGUUCGAAGAUCUGUAUGCGCACCUGAAGACUGUGGCGCCGCAAGUGCAACCCACGCAGAUCUUCGAGGUUACACCGAGUCUGAAAUGCACGCACACCAAGGUCUACACCCGACUGCGCGAACAGUAUCCCGUCCGGAUUGGCUUCUAUGGUGCCAGGGUGGAGCAGCUCUAUGCUAUGCUGACCGUGGGCUCUCUGCCCGUAAAUACGUUCUUGGAGCUGACCAGCGACGUGGACGAGGCGCUGAGGCGCAGUCCACAAACUCCUGGCUGGGGCGGCUCCCGCUGCGGCGCGCUGCUCAGGUGCGUCGCCGUGGUGGAGUAUGUUGUGAAGCCCGCUUUUGUCAACGUGGAAUCGAAUGGCAGAUAUGUGAGCAUCACAGAUGCCAACUGUAUACAGAUUUCGUAUCUGAUGUUCUUUGGCCAAAGCUUUGAGAAGAAGCGCAGCGCGCGUGUGCGCCAGCCCAAGCUCUCGAUCAACUUGACCGAGUCGCUCAAGUGGAUGGAGGGCAACAAAUAUGCGCUUUCGGUUGGCAUGUAUUUGAUGCUCAUGUCACUGACGACGCCAAGCGGGCGCGGCAUUAUGCACAGAUUCGCUUGCUAUGGAUUUUAUGUGUUGAGGAAGGCGUUCUUGAAAAUUUAAACGCAACUUGACCAAUAUAAGCACCCUAUUGGCCCAUCGAUUGCUGGCAGCAAUAAAGUGCUUAUAUGCGUCAAGAGAGUCAAGAAAGUUCAAGAAAAUUCAAUCAUUCGUUCGGCCACAAUUGCGCCAAGUGCUAAAAGCUUAAAACAGAAAGCGAAAGAAAGAGAGAGAGAGACAGAGUGACAGAGAGAGGGGACGAUGGACUGACCGUACUUGGCGUGUAAGCAAAUGUUGGCAUGAGUCACACGCAACUGGCCAUAAAUAACAACAAUUUAGCAUUACAAGUGACGCAGUAAAAAUUUAUAUGCUCUCGCACAUUUUCAAUUUUCUGCAAU